ACGGGAGGCACACUCUUCAGAACUUCUCUUGCAGCUGUGGAGCGGGACGUCUGUGGCAUUACGCAGAACCAGCGAGCGAAAAAACGGCCAAAAUGUAAGCGAUAACAAGCUGUCAUACACCACUCUCCACAAAUGGUGAAUGUAGGUGUUCAGUGGAAAAGUGUAACAGGAGUUAAAACGAUGCGUAAAGUUGCAAUUGUGCUGAAAGGACGAGCAGCCGUCUGUGCGUAAAAGUGAAAGACAGAGGACUGAACGAAAAAAAAAGAAGCUUGUGGUGGAUGAAACCGUUUGGAUUGUGAUGGAUGGGUCGGCGACUGGCUGGAAUGCGCGGAAAAGCUGGCAACGCAGAGGACGUUUUUCUCUAAACUAAAUGUAAUUGAUGCCUGCAUUUCACGGUUUGGCAACACGGCCGCAGCGGAGCGCACGGCGGGCCAGCAGAUGCGGGACAGUGACUGAGCCUUACGGCUGGACAACUGGCGAAUUGAAUUAGUCUGGACUGCCAGACUUUAUGUAAGAAGUAGGACAACCAUUACACCGCCCAACCAGUUCUUCCCUUCAUGCGUAGAGAUGCUCGUCGCCUAGCAUCGUACUGUUAUGAGAAAGAGAAACUCUAAAGCGCCGCUUUCACAGAGGGGUACAGCCAGCAACCGCCACUACUCCAAGGGGAGUUAGGGGAAACUUUUGUCGUUUACAUUCUCCUGUCUACCUCCUCUAAAGAUGGACGAGAAGAGUGAGUCGGCUCCGGCGGACAGCUGCGCGGACGGAGAGAGCAUCAACCUCAGUGUGCUCAACUGGGAGCAAGUGCAGCGGCUGGACGCCAUCCUCACCGGUUCCAUCCCCAUCCACGGCCGGUGGAGCUUCCCCACUCUGGAGGUAAAGCCCCGGGACAUCGUCAAAGUGGUCCGAUGCCGCAUGGAGGAAAAGCGGAUACACGUCCGGGAGGUGCGGCUGAACGGCUCUGCGGCCAGCCAUGUUCUCCAUGAAGACAGCGGACUGGGAUGGAAAGAUCUGGAUUUAAUAUUCUGCGCCGAGCUGAAAGGAGAGAUUGAGUUUCAGAUGGUGAAAGAUAUAGUUCUGGACUCUCUGCUGGACUUCUUGCCGGAGGGAGUGAAUAAAGAGAAGAUUACACCGGUGACCUUAAAGGAGGCCUAUGUGCAGAAGAUGGUGAAGGUGUGCAAUGACUCCGACCGCUGGAGCCUCAUCUCGCUCUCCAACAACCGUGGCAAAAACGUGGAGCUCAAGUUUGUGGACUCUCUUCGACGACAGUUUGAGUUCAGCGUGGACUCCUUCCAGAUCCGCCUGGACUCCCUUCUACUCUUCUAUGAGUGCUCCGAGCACCCAAUGGCCGCCACCUUCCACCCCACCAUCCUUGGCGAGAGCGUCUAUGGCGAUUUCCCCGCCGCCCUCGACCACCUACGCAAGCGCCUGAUCUGCACAAGGACCCCCGAGGAGAUCCGAGGCGGGGGCUUGCUGAAAUACUGCCACCUGCUGGUGCGGGGUUUCCGUGCCGCUUCCGACACAGAGAUGAAGCUGCUGCAGCGCUACAUGUGCUCGCGCUUCUUCAUAGACUUUCCUGAGGUGGGCGAGCAGCGGAGGAAGCUGGAGUCCUAUCUGCAAAAUCACUUUGUGGACCUGGAGGACAGGAAGUAUGACUAUCUGGCCACGCUGUACAAUGUUGUUCAGGAAAGCACCGUGUGCCUGAUGGGCCAUGAGAGGCGUCAGACGCUGAGCCUCAUCUCUUCACUGGCAUUGCGGGUCCUGGCUGAGCAGAACGCCAUUCCCAAUGCUGCCAACGUCACCUGCUUCUACCAGCCCGCCCCUUAUGUCUCUGAUGGCAACUUCAGCAACUACUACGUGGCGCAGGUUCAGCCCAUCUACUCCUGUCCUCCCUCACCUCCUCACCAGUACCACCCUCCCCCGCACUACCCCAUGUAUGCGACUUGGUUGCCCUGUAACUAAACGUGUACUUGUGCUGAUUGGUGCGCUCCUACUCUCACUCGAUGUUAUUUUUUUUUUUUGCUCCGGUUACACUUUUGUGUAACUUGUGGAAUUCUCAUCCUCAAAAAGGUCAGUGAUGAGGAGUGGUGAUCUUCUUUCUUUUUCCUCUCCCUUGAGAUGGAAAGUUGAAGAAAAUAGGCACCGAAAACGCAAAAAAAAGAAAAUGUGAAGAAUACAUGAUGGAAAAAAUAAGAGAAUAAAGGAAGGAAGGGAAAUUAGGACAGGGAACUUGGAUGGAGGCAGAAAGCCGGAGAAAGGCUUUUCUCCGGUGUAGAGUGCCACAGGAGGAGGGGACGAGGUCAGAGGGAGAGGCUCCAGUGAGAGAGGCUGAAUCUGAGAGGAUAUUCCUAGGUCAGCUUUAGUGUCCUUUCAUGAAUGCCAAGAUUGAUGUGAUCCAGUAAACAACAACCUGGACAAGUGAGGCAAGCCUGAGAGUGACGAGCAGGCUAGACAUCAAACUGCGUUGGAAUCCGCUGUGAACUGAGACAUGACUGGUACUGGACACUCAAAAGGAUGAAGAUUUAUUCACACACACGCAUCCAUACAUGCACAUACAGUAAAGGAAGGAUCAUAGGACAAAGCAAGAUUAUUGAUCCUUUGUCAGAUAAAGCUGAUCUUCUGACCUUUUCAUGCGCAACAGCAAAAACGAGAAGUGAGACUCUUUUUUUUUUCAGACAAUGCAAAAAUGAGGAACUGGACACUGUUUACAAGUCUAAAGACCUACUUACAGUAGAUGCCCAAGUUUAUUUGACUAAUGAAGAAUACAUACCGAAACAACAAAACAAUGCAUGCUUUAUUUCUGUACAGGAAUACUUUUUCUUUAAAGUGCCUAGAAAAAAGCCUAAAGGGAAGAGAUUUUUUUUUGUGUGAUUAUUCAUUCUAGAGGACCAUAGACCUGUUAAAGAUGUCCGUGUGUGGGCUAAUUGACUAUAUGUCCGAGGUGAUAAUGAAUGUAUUGUGGAGCAGAGAGUGACCAGAGACUGAGAAACAUCUCUUUAACUGGCAUAGUUCAGAUCGAGAGACUGCUCUUAUCUGCACCUCUGUCAGAGUCAAUUCACAGCCUGAUAACCAAAAAGUUAUUUGUCAGCAGAAGUAACAGCACAAUUUCAUCAUCUUUAGAGAGAGGGUGGAGGUGGUGUCAGGGUUAAAAUUGAUCAUGCGAAUAAAGGAGAAGGUAGAAGCAGGGGAAUUGUGAUGUUUAAAUGGGUGAAAACAGAGACAGAGAGAUUUUGGCAAGAGGAGAGUGAGAAACAGAGACAAUAAUGUGGACUGAUGCAGAGCUGCGUAACCAAAAAGUCAUCUAUCACAGAGCGAAACAGCACCAUCUCAUCAUCCUCAGAGAGGCUGGAAGGGGUCAUAAGGUUCAAAAUGGUUGAUAUGAAUAAAAGAUACAGUAGAGGUAAGAGAGGGUAUUAUGAUUUUGUUACUGGAUGAAAGGAGAGAGAGAGAAAGAGAGAGAGAGGGAGGGAGGGAGAGAGAGAGGACAGGAGGAGGGUGAGUGAGUCAGACUUGCGAAAUCCGUCAUGCAUCCCGGUUGUGCCGCCUGCACAUAUCUCCAGGCCACACAGUGAUAUGACAAACUCUGUUUGCAAGAGGGGUGGAGGUUGGAUUGUGCAUACAGGGAUGUCACAGUAAAGCAGCAGCUCCUAAUAGGACUGGAAUUAAAUGGAAAACAAGUGGUAGAGCCACAAGGAGUCUGAAUAAUGUUCUCAAAAAAAAAAAAAAAAAAAGCAUGUAGCGCAAAAAACGCAAAAAGACUGUUAUCUCUAAUUAAUUUCUUUUCAAGGAAAUGAACGUUAAGAUUGAGAUGAGAGCAAUUAAGCUGUGAGCAGCUGACACCUGUUUCAAUUUGGCUAUUUUAACAAUGCAAAGGCACCAACAAAGUGAUCACAGAGCUAACGGAGAAUACCAACGAAGACAAUCACAAUGACAUUGAAGUGGCAAUACGACAAGUUGGCAAAGAGCUUUAUUCUUUUUUUUUUCAUCUUGAAACUUGCUGUACAAGUGCAAGAGGCUCGGCAUGUUCUCUGAAACCUGUUGUCAGAUCUCCUAUUUUUCUAUCAAUCUCUAUUUUUGUACGGUCUGUGUUUGACUGGUGUGAUAGUCAGAUUUAUAUAGGCCGAGUUGUUGAGUCUAAGAGUAUUUUUGUGGUGUGUAUGAGUUUGUAUAUUAUUUUGGCUCAAAAAGGGCAGUGCUGGCGAACCUGGCAGCAGUGUUCAAAUGCAGUUAAACUUGUGUUCGUUGUGACGCUCAAGCAACAUAUUUGGUUCACUUUAAGUGUUGUCUCAGAUUGUUUUCUGUUGCACAAAAGAGAUUGUUACACUGUUCUGCAUGUUUUUAAUUACCAUCCAAUUUUGACAUGGAAAUAAUGAUGUGCAAAAAGUGUUAUUACAUAUUUUAGCCCAUUUACUGUGACUCACGGUUACUUUAAAUUCUACUGAAUGUUUUGCAAAGCAUACCACAUGUUUUUUUUAAGAUGUUUGAAUAUGUUUGUCUUACCUUCCAGGCAGCCAUUCAUAUCCUGCCCAGGGAUAUUUUUGUCAAAGUUACUUUGUGUGUUGUUGUUGAGUUAGUAGUGUUGAAAUUUAGUUAAACUGCUACACUGAGGUGAAAAGUCUACACGUCCUCUGAUGUGUUCACAUGUUCGUGGAAAAAGGUCUGACGUCCCUUAUUUCAAAGUCGGCUACAAAACAGUGACACAUUCAUGUGCUAUUUUAUCAGACAAUCAAACCCAGAGCCCAAACAAUAAGCAAAUGGAGAUAUUGUGAAAAGGGUGAUGUGAAUUUGGCUUUUUCUUACUUUACAAAACUUAUAAUAGUUGGUCUGGCUAACCACCAAGUAGAAAAUUUGUUUUUUCCAGUUGAACAAAUAGAACAUGAAUGCACCAUUCCUUUCUUUCAAAUUCAGUCUGGCCGCUUCAAUUACACUGAACAACGCUGAACUUUUGAUUUAGAUGUGAAAUUUUUCAAAAAUGUCAGAAAUAUGGUAUGCUCUGCAAAAUGGUCUGUGGUAAUGUGAAGUAUGCAUGCAGUGCAGUCAGUGGACUAAAAUAGGCAAAAACACCGGUAUGGUCCUUUAAGAUGACUGACUUGAUAAUUAAAAAUG